AUGGAAUUAGCUGAUACUAAACAGAUCUCGGCAGCGACAUUGCUACAACCUGAACUUUGGACAUCCUCCUCCAAUGAAGCGCUAAAGCUAUUUGUUACGAAUUCAAAACAAGCUGUGAAUUUUAAGCCCAUAUUCACAUACCCCAUAUUUGGAGAUGCAGAAGCGAUAUAUGGAUUUAGAGGUUUAGAGAUAUUUCUUUGCUUUGACCAUUAUACGUUCAAGCCGUUUUUGAAUAUCAAGUAUAAGGAGAAAUUGGAUGAUCCGGAGUUGGUUGAUGUCAAGGCAACAAUUGACAAGUAUUUACCCGAGGAUACCAUAUAUAAAGAUGAAAUUAAAUGGGUGGACUCAAUUGAAGAAGAAAAAAAGGGGUAUGAAAUCCCCGGAGAGAAGAUUGACUCGUUUAAGCAAGAUGAACUGGUGUAUGAGAUUUAUUUAUUAGAUUUGAAGCUGCCUUGCGGUUUGGAAUUGCACAAGAGGCUACAGAUAUUGGUAUUGUUGUAUAUUGAAGCAGGUUCGUUUAUAGAUGCAGAUGAUGACUUGUGGAAUGUUUAUGUAUUUUAUGAGAGAAAAAAUGGGACACAAGAGCCUUCGAUUGUUGGCUUCAGCACCGCAUACAAGUACUGGAAAUAUCCUGGGUAUCAAAAAUUUGAUCAAGGAGAAGAUGAAGUUCGAAUAAAAAUAUCUCAAUUUAUCAUACUACCAAUGUAUCAAGGUAAAGGAUUAGGCCAGUUGUUCUACUCACAUUUAUACGACAGUUGGUUAGCCAAUGAUAAGAUAGUUGAGAUUGUUGUUGAAGAUCCAAAUGAAAGUUUUGAUGAUAUGAGAGAUCGAGCAGAUUUGAAGAAAUUAGCCCAGCUGGAAUUUGAGUUUGACAAAGUGGUAGCUAAGCAAAUAGAUGAGGAAUGGGUGCAACAAACAAGAAAAAAGUUGAAGUUUGAAAAGAGACAAUUUGCAAGAUUAUUGGAGUUGAUACUAUUGUAUAAGUUGAAAUACACCAGGGAUGUAUCAAAAGCCGAUGUCAGGUUAUUCAUAAAAAACAGAUUAUAUAAAAAGAACAAGGAAGGAUUGGAAGCAUUAGACGAAGCCAAUAGGAAAGAUAAACUACAAACUGCAUACCAAGUAUUGGAAGAUGAUUAUUAUAGAAUACUAGGUGACUUGAAACUUCCCUUGAAACGAAAAAUUGGUCAAGAAGAUGGCAAUGAUACAAGGUCUAAGAAAAAGUCCAAACCCGACAAAACUGGUGAAUAA